AACAAUAAUAACAAUAAUAAUAAUAGUAACAAUAAUAACAAUAACAAUAAUAACAAUAACAAUAAGAACAAUAUUAAUAAUAACAAUAACAAUAAUAACAAUAACAAUAAUAACAAUAAUAACAAUAAUAAUAAUAAUAAUGACAAGAUUAGUAAUAACAAUAAUAAUAAUAAUUCUAAUAACAAUAGCGAUAAUAACAAUAAUAUCAAUAACAAUAAUACCAAUAAUAAUAACAAUAACAAUAAUUACGAUAAUAAUAACAAUAAUAACAACAAUAACAAUAAUAAGAAUAAUAAUAAUAAUAAUAAGAAAAAUAUUAAUUAUUAUAAUAAAGAAAAUAAUAAUAAUAAUACUAACAUUAAUAAUAUAAAUAAGAAAAAUAAUAAUAAUAUUUAUAAUAACAAUAACAAGAAUAAUAAUAAUAAUAAUUUUAAUAAUAAUAAUAUCAAAAAUAAUAAUUACAAUAAUAAUAAUAAUAAUAAUAAUAAUAAAAAGAGUAAUAGUGACUAUAUUAAUAAUAACAAUAAUAAUAAUAACAAUAAUAACAAUAACAAUGAUACAAUAACAAUAAUAACAAAUAAUAACAAAAAUAACAAUAACAAUAAUAUUAACAUUAACAAUAAUAAUAAUAUUAACAAUAUUAUUAAUUACAAUAAAAAUAAUAUCAACAUUAACAAUAAUAUUAAUAACAAUAACAAUAAUAAGAAGAAUAAUAAUAACAAUACUAUUAAUAACAAUAAUAAUAAUAACAAUAAUAAUAAUAACAAUUUUGUUAUUAACAAAAAUAAUAAUAUCAAUAAUAAUAAUAACAAUAAUAACACUAACAAUAAUAACAUUAAUAGUAAUAACAAUAACAACAAUAAUAUUAAAAACUAUAAUAAUAUUAAUAAUAAUAACAAUAUUAAUAAUAACAAUAAUAAUAAUAAUAAUAAUAAUAACAAUAAUAAUAAUAAUAAUAUUAAUCAUAACAAUUAUAAUAAUAACAAUAAUAACAAUAAUAUUAAUAACAAUAACAAUAAAAACAAUAAUAAUGAUAAUAAUAAUGAUAUCAUUAAUAGUAAUAACAAUAAUCACAAUAACAAUAAUAAUAAUAAUAAUAAUUAUAAUAACCAUUUUAACUAUAAUAAUAAUAAUAAUAAUAACAUAAACAAUAAUAACAUGAGUUACAGUAACAAUAGUAACAAUAACAAUAAUAACAAUAAUAAAAAUAACAAUAAUUACAAUAGUAAUAAUAAUAAUACCAAUAAUAACUACAAUCAUAAUAACAAUAUUAAUAAUUAUCAUAAUAACAAUAAUAUCAAUUAUAAUAAUAACAAUAAUAAUAAUAAUAAU